AUGAUACUCCCACGGUGGGUCGUCGCUUCGGCGGUGGCUUUGCUUCCACAGGUCUCUGGCUUUGCAUCAACGGACAGUCCAUCAGAUGCAGAUCCAGCGCAGUCAGGCUAUCUGCCAAACCACAACAUGGAUCCAGCAGUCGUUGAUAGCGCCGAGUUUGGUUUGCUCUGGAAAGUACCCUUCAACUACCAAGAACAGUUCUACGCAAAGCCUCUGGUGUAUACACCAAAUGCUGGUGGAAACCAGCUUGUUUUCUUGGCAUCUUCGCAGAAUUGGAUUCGGACCCUAGAUGCCAAGACGGGCGAUCUUCUCAACUCUCGACAGGUCCAUACGCCAUUCUUGCAGAUCGACAUUCCUUGCACAGAUAUCCCCAACUAUAUCGGCAUCAUUGGAACCCCCAUCAUAGAUACUACUAGCGACAUUGUGUACUUUUUCUCCAAGACUUAUAUCCCGAAUUACAGAUACGCGGGAGACACUGGCGCUUACAACGGAGUCUAUUACUUUCACGGCGUGAACAUCAACACAUUAGCGGACACUUUUCCACCUCUCUUGGUCGACGGCGUUCCGGCCGAUAAUGAUCCGUUGAAAUAUUUCAUUGGAGGGACCGUCCUGCAGCGACCAGCCUUGACUAUGAUUGGCUCCGUUGUCUACGGAGGUUUCGGCGGUCACUGUGACUUGUUCAACUAUACAGGUCAAAUCGUUGGCAUCGAUAUCAAUCUGCAAGAGGUUGUGACCAAUUUCGUUACCGAAGCUGGACCUCUAGUUCCGCAGACCAAUGUCUGGAAUGAGAACCUUGGCGGAGGCCAAGGUGGCAUCUGGAUGAGCGGAAUGGCUCUAUCCACUGACGGUGAACGUCUCUUCUGGGUAUCGGGGAAUGGUGACGGUCACCAAAAUGUUGAUGCGCCUGCCUCCGGAAGCAGCGGCUGCCAAACGCUGGGUGAAGCUUGUGUCAACCUCAACAUUGGUGAUGGCGGUAAGCUGCUUUUGACAGAUUACUUUCAGCCUUACGACUAUCAGAAUUUGGACGGUGGUGAUCAGGACUUUGGCUCGGGUGGUAUCGCACUUCUCGAUCCCACGGUUUUCUAUGGCACCGGUGUUUCCAAGAUGGCCGUGACAGCUGGUAAAAACGGUAAGAUUUACAUCCUCAAUGCCAACAACUUGGGUGGGUACAGAAAUGGCCCAGGCGGAACCGAUGGGAUCAUUCAGACGAUCACGACGAACAAAGCUGUCUUCGGUGGCUCAGGAUCCUAUCCGCUUGAAGGUGGCUACAUCUACUCGACACCCAUUAACUAUCCUACAUACGUGUACAAGCUUGGCUUCGACGGUAACGGUGUUCCACUGUUCACUCAAGUCGGUGCGACUACCGAGAUCUCUGCUGGUCGUGUCGGCGUCGGUAUCCCAACUAUCACCACCUAUCAAGGCAAAGCUGGCACAGCUAUUCUAUGGAUGUGUGAUCCUGACGCCGGUUUGCGGGCUUGGUAUGCCGUGCCGAACUCGGAUGGCACCAUGAAGACGAUCAAUCUGCCGCAAGUCAACGGAUUGAACAAAUUCCAGCGCCCAGCUUUUGGAGACACCCGCCUGUAUGUCACAGACGCUGAGGGAACCGUCUAUUGUCUGGGCUCUCCCGUCAAUCUACCUCUGAAUUGUACUUCGCCUGUCGACUUUGGCAGCGUUGCUCUUGGGAGUAGUCAGACCGAAACGGUCACUUGCAAAGCUGUCAUUGCCAUCAACGAGAUAACCAGUAUCACCACUGGCGAUGCAAAUUUCCAGGUCAAUGCUGCGAAUUUGCCCCAAGGGCCAGUCGCAGCAGGUACCACAUUCAGCUUUCCCGUCACCUGGAACCUUAGCACAAUACACAAUAGAAAUACAGCAAAUGCCUCAUAUGGCAAUGUCUCACCUGGUGUCAAAAGUACUGCAUUAACACUUACCACUCUCAACGGGGUGGGAGGAUACUCGACAACAUUUCCCAUCAGCUUGACGGGAACAGAGGUGUCGCAGGACGCUUUUCUCGUCGUAGCUCCAAUCACGGUCGACUACAGUGGGAUUGUCCUUCUGAAUUAUCCAGAAGAUGUUCCCACCAAUUCUCUUUCCUUUACCAUCACCAAUGCGGGGUUGAGCCCUCUCACUAUCCUUGGCUAUGCGUACACUACCGAUGACCUCGACGACGAUGACAUAGACUGGACCAACACUACGUUUGGUGGCGCUACGCAAGAUCUUGGAUACGGCUUCACUGCGAGCGAUCUGCCUGUGGUGGGCACUGUCAUUGCAGGGGGGGCCCAGAUAUCAGUCGACUCGACCUUCACUCCUGUCAAUGGAACUGGUAACUACGGAUCUUUCUUCGAGGUAUGGAGCAAUGGAGGAUCCCAGAACAUCAUUUUGGAAGGCUCUGCCUCUACCGCACCAAUCGCAAAUUUCUCCAUCAGUAACGGCGAAGGCGGUUGGUUGCCGCAGAGCACCCUUCUUAUGGAUUUUGGCGAGGUUGUUCCGGGAACAUCACCAUCAUUGCAAAUCCGUAUUUGCGACGUCGGUGGCUCGGUGCUCGAAGUCACCAAGAGCAAACCUCCUAACGGCGUCUUCCGUUUGGAUGAUCCUACUGAUCUGCACGAGUCACAGCAAAUUCCUGUCGAUCAGUGUGCCUACGGGACUGUCAUAUUUGCCACUAACGCUGAGACUCCAAACAAUCCAGAUCAAGUUUAUACAAAUAGCUGGACUUUGAACACCGAUGAUUUGAACUUUGGCGUCCACACUGUUCAGAUACAGGGUACGGUGGUGAGCAGAAAAGUGGGACCGACAAAUUCCUCAGGCUUGCCUAUCUACUCGUACCUAGGCUGUUUUAUCGAUGAUGCCCCGGCGGGGCGAUUGCUUCCCACCCAGCCAUAUGAUAAUAGCUCGAACACCAAUGGUCUUUGCCAAACGGAAGCUCAAGCAGGCAACUACAUCUUCGCCGGUACUGAGUAUCAAACCGAAUGCUGGUUAGGUGAUACACCACCACCCAGCCUCUAUCAAGCCGCCGAAACCUACUGCACAUUCUCCUGCGCCGGCGAUGCGACUCAAGUCUGCGGCGGAUUCGGCGGUUAUCUGAGCGUCUACUACGAUUCCACCCGCUAUACCCCAGGAAACAACACUCAGCCUGCCGGCGCACCAAUCACUGUCAAUCAGACUGGAAACUACAACUACAUUGGUUGCUACUCAGAGGCUACAGUUGGUCGCGCACUUUCUGGCUUGGCGCCGGCAAUUCCAGCUGGCAUUGGCAACACGGUCGAGAGCUGUGAGGCUUCUUGUCAGGGGUAUACUUACUUCGGCGUCGAGUACUCCAACGAGUGCUACUGCGGUAACACGAUCAACGCUGGCUCAGUCAACCAGCCUAGCUCGGAUAUCCUUGUCAACGGUUGUUCCAUGCUGUGCGGUGGCAACGUCUCGGAGUACUGCGGCGGUCCGGAUAGGCUUGACAUGUACCAGCUCGAUGGUAGCUUGCCCUUACCCACCUCAACAACAUCGACGCCGGGGACGAGCCCGACACCAACGCCUGGCGCGCCUUCGGUUGUGCCAUCCGCUGGUGGGUUCAGCUACAUUGGCUGCUAUACGGAUAGCACGGCCAAUCGCGCGCUCACAGGGCUUACAAAUCCUGUUGCUGGUGCAACGCUGACCAUCGAGCUCUGCGCCGCUGCUUGCGCUCAGUUCACAUAUUUCGGCGUCGAAUACAGCGCUGAGUGUUACUGCGGGGAUGCCUUGCUAGGAGGUUCGGCUCUAGCUACUGGUGGAAGCGAUCCAACCCAAAAUCUGUGCGAUAUGACUUGCGACGGCAAUACUAGUGAAUACUGCGGCGGUCCGAAUCGACUGAAUACCUAUCAGUACAAUGCCUCGUUCGCCUCUGCUUCCUCGGCUGUUCCCACUGUCACCAAUUCAGCAACACUUUCGGUUUCUGGCAUUGCGUCCGCAUCGAGUACCAGUUCUUCUACACCAGCGCCCACACCAACUGGACCGAUCACAGUCCAAAAGGGGGUGGGUUUCUCGUACUUAGGAUGCUACAGCGAUAGCGUCAAUUCGAGAGCUUUAUCUGGACUCACCAACCCCGGGGUCGCAAGUCAGAAUGAUGUCGAACAAUGUGCUUCCGAGUGUAGUGCCUUUUCGUAUUUUGGUGUCGAAUACGGAGCUGAAUGCUACUGUGGUAGCGCCAUCAACGGAGGAUCGGCUCUCGUUGCCGGAAGCACCCCGGACGUUACUGGUUGCAAUAUGGUCUGCAGCGGAAACGCGACAGAGUACUGUGGUGGCUCGAAUCGGAUCAACGUCUACACUUACGUUGCUGUGACCUCGUCAGCUCUUCCGUCAAGCUCCAUUGCAUCGUCGUCGUUCGUGGCCUCGUCGAAUAUCGGUAACAUCAUCCAGCAUUACCGCCUCUGUAAUCUCUGCUGCUUCCUCAGCCUCUGUCAUCUCCACAGCAUCAUCUAUCGCGCCCACAUCCACUGGUCCGGUCCACGUCCAAACGGUCGGCAACUACGUCUAUCAAGGUUGCUGGAACGACACCCAACAAGACAGCAACACUCGCACUCUCAGCGGAUUUGCAUAUUUCAAUACUUCCGGUUUGACAGUUGA